AUGGCGGGAGACAUCCCGACAUCUCAGUGCAACGGAAAUGACGUAGAUGAAAUAUGUGGACAGAAUUCUACCUCUGGUAGGGUUGGGUGGGGUUGUGGCGGCAACAUAGUAGAUGGAGUAACGGCUUUAUACGCACAGCUGGUAGUGGUCAAGAGUUGUGGUGGUAACAUAAACUCGGUAGUAAUACUCAUCUCUCUCUUUGCAGUAGCAAGUGGACAGUGUAUUCCAAGAGGAUUAGACAGGGCGUCGAAGGUGUUCAAGGCCUAUGAUACUGACAAUAAUAGUAGAAUAUCGAGGAAUGAAGGGAUAAUGACUUUCAGAAUUUCUGAUAGCAACUCUGAUGGUGCUCUCACUCCCGACGAAUUUUCAACGGAGUGGACAUUCUACAACUCGAAAUCAUAUAUGCCAUUCUUCACCGCUGGCGACAGGAAUGGGGACGGGAAAAUUGACUUUAAAGAAGGAAACCAAGCUUUCGACUAUUUUGACAAUAAUGAGGAUAACGAAAUCACAACGUUGGAGUUUUCGAGAACCUGGGAGUAUCUUGAUAACUAUUUCAAUUCCAAUGGAAACACAGAGAAGAAGUGAUUUAUAUACCAUUCUGAAUGUACUUUUUUAGUAAAGUCUAUACAGCUAA